CCGCCUUCCAACCGUAAUGGCUCUCUCACCCAUGGCUGAAGACGACAUACUCUGGUACGGGAGUAUAUAACCAUCGUGACUUGGUCGCAAGAUGGAGAGUGUCUGCACUUUGUAGGUGCCUGCGGUUCCUCCAGCUCAGCCUCUCGCAACUGAGGCGCCUGGCUGUUCAACUUCUCCGCCAUGGCAGCAAUCUGGGUUAUCGGGGCUGCCGUCCUCUCCCAGGCACUUGUCGCAGCUCUCCCCACGACCGGCACAACACAUGUGAGUCUACACGACCUCAACGUCACUUGGGCCGACGCCCCAAGCCAUCAUGCUCUCUCGGCGCGUGCCCCGAUCAGCGUGCCGCUGAGGAUCAUGCCGCUGCGUCAUUCCAUCACCUGGGGGAGUCAGAGCAGCACCGGCAACGGCUACCGGGGCCCCCUCGAGGAGUUCCUCUCCGGGGUCGACGUCGACUUUAUCGGCUCGGGCAAGCACGGCUCGAUGGUGGACAGCGACAAUGAGGGCCACUCGGUCUCCUUCCUCUCCGAGAUCAAGGGCUACUCGCUCCUGUCGGUGGCGGCCCGGCCCAACGUCAUCCUCGUGCACGCCGGCACCAACGACACGGACCUCAACCGGGACGUCGCCACGGCCCCGGACCGCCUGGCAGCCAUCAUCGACCAGCUUCACGAAAAGUGCCCGGACGCCAGCGUCCUCGUCGCGCAAAUCAUCUUCUCCACCGACGCGGCCAUGCAAGCGCGCACCGACCGCUACAGUGCCGCCAUCGCCAACCUCGUCCGCCAUCGCCAACCUCACAUGAGCCAGCUCCUCACGCGGGCCGACCUCGCGGACGAGAAGCACCCCAACGACUCCGGCUACCGCAAGAUGGCCUCGGCGUGGCGCAACGCGGGCAAAAUGGGGGCCACGGGUCGCAAGUUCGAGGAGCUCGGCACCAUCGCCACCGGCGUUGGCGAGCCCGGGUCCAAGGUCCGGUUCGCGGAUGUUGAUGGCGACGGGCGGGCCGACUACCUGGUGCUGGCCGACGACGGAUCAGUGCGCGCGUGGAGGAACACUGGCAACCUCAACAAGGGAUCGGGAAGGAACUUCGAGAAGCUCGGCCAGAUUGCCGCUGGAGUAUCCGGAGUUGCGGGCUCCAAAGUCCGCAUGAUGGAUUACGAUGGGGAUGGCCUCGCCGACUAUCUGAUCUUGUACGACGGCGGCGCCGUCAGGGGCUACCGCAACACGGGGAGUCUUGGCAAGGACUCCUCAAAGAGGAACUUUGAGGAACUAGGCACGCUCGCGGCCGGCGUUGCUGGCGUCACGGGUGCAUCCGUCAGAUUCGCUGACCUGAACGGAGACGGCCGGGUCGAUUACGUGUCUGUCUCGAGCGUCGGAGCUGUCGAUGUGUGGCUAAAUACGGGUCGCAGUAAGGCUGCGGGAGCCGUGCGCUUUGCUGACCUGAACGGGGACGGCCUCGAUAACUUCCUGUUCAUGUCGGAUAGCGGCGCUGUCGACGCGUGGCUUAAUGCUGGAGGCGGCCCGCAGUCCUGGACCUCGAUCGGCAAGAUCGCAUCCGGAGUCAACGGAGCGGCACCUGACACCGUUGUCUUUGCGGAUCUCGACGGCGAUCGUCUCGAUGAUUACAUUGUGAUCCACAGCGAUGGAGACGGGAUCGCCGAAUAUCUUGUGGCAUGGGACGGCGGCGCGGUUGAGGCCUGGCGCAAUACGGGGAAUCUGGAGAAGAAGCCUGAGCUGCCGAGCUGGCAGAAGCUCGGUAUCAUUGCGGCUGGUGUCAGCAACCAAGGGCGUGUCGAGUUUGGAGAUCUAAACGGAGACAAGAAGGCAGACUAUCUCAAUGUCGACCGCGAGACAGCUGCUGUGCGCGCUUACAUCAACCAGUGUGCCGGCAGUCCGCCCCUGAACAUCGUGAACCCCGGAACCGGCGGAUCCAAGGCCGCGGAGUGGGAGACCGUCGAGUGCACCAACCCCGUCGUUGUAGACGCGGCCAUCAAUCCGACCAAACGAUGGAACGGCGUCUUUGCACCGCAGGCGUGGGAUGCCGCUAUAAAGAAGUGGAAAGACAACCCCAGCCCUGACGGGCUCUCCUUCUCAGAACGAGCCAGCAACUUCUUCCAUGGCCGGGAGUGCAUGAAAUGCCACGACAAUUCAGACAGAAACGGAUGCAGCUCCUUCUAUCAGUGUCACGAUACGAAUCACCCUGCGGGCUAUAUGAUACUGAACUCCAUGACUGCUCUUAAUAACAUGGUAUGGAACUUCUACGCCGGCAUCGUCUGGGCGGAGGUCGAUAUUGUCGCCACUGUCGACAGCUUACAAAAGACAUUUGCCGUCCUACCCGACAGUCCACAAAAGCUCAAGAUCAUACUCGACAUCAUUGGCCUUGGAUUCGCCUUGGGCGCCGCGCCUAUGUGGAACAUUGCUCUCAAGAGGACAACAUACUAUGCGGCCAACGGAAACGAACUCGCAACGCUGAAGGACUCGGCGAACAACGUCGUGGCGAACACCAUCACAAUCGUCAAGGACAAGCAGCCAACAACACCGGCCGCCAUUAGCAGCAACCUGGCGCAGAGCGUCGCCGAGAUGUGCAGCAUUUGGUACGAGAGCAUUGAUGCCAUGCACGAAAAGCUCUUUGACGGGUCCGACGAGUUCAUAUCGACACUCGAUAACCUGUUCAAAGACGGCAAGCUGCUCCAGAACGGCUAUGACCCGCUGGAUGCCGGCGAGAUACAGCAGGUCUUCUCCAAGGCGCUCUACGCGCUGCUGAUCCCGCAGGCCUGGUCGCUCUCGAAGGACGUUGGCGGCGUCGUCAUCGACGCCCAGGUCCCGUGCGGCACGAUCGACCCGCUGGGGGAGGAAGUGUCGACCGAGGACUCCAACGCCUCGUGGGUGUGCUACAAGGACCGCAUGUACUUUCUCCUCGCGGCGAGGGGGAAAGCAGAGGACGGGCGAAGUUUUCUCCGGUGGUGGCAGUCAAUGGAAUUGGACACCCAACAAAUUCAGCUUCCCCCCGGGCCUGAAGGAAUUGGACGGCGAGAAAUGGGCUGGGCUGACCAAGGAAGAACUGGUGCAGGGCGCGGUCAACACGUUCGAGGCCAACGGAAACCAGAACGGUGGCGAGCCGGGCAACACCAUGCUGUCGCCCGAGUCCAUCGGCACGCUCCAGGAGUUGAGCGUCACCGCCCCGGGCGUCGUCUUCCUCCUGAUCUGCACCAUCCAAGAGGCGCGCAAGAACUGGAAGGUUGCGUUCGACGGGUCCCCGACGUCGGCUCACUAUCCGUGCGACUGAUGAAGGGGAGCAGCAGACUUCGGGAUCGGAUCCGGAAUCAGAUAGAGGGGAUUAGAGUUAGACAACAAAAGGUAUUGUUAAUUAAAAGGGAUUGGAAUUAGACUUCGGAUUAGAUUGGUAACAUGUUUUGUGCCUCAUGUUCCUAGCUGGGAUUGUUCCUGAUAGUUAGCGCCCACCAGCACCCACCAGGGGGGG